GGAGAAAGAGCUGCAUCGAAAGGUAGGUGAGGAAGCACUUCGGAGGCAGGAAGAAACACCUGCAAAACCACUUUCCUUCGUGUUCAUUCAGAAAGAACCUGACAAGGGCAUCUGCAUUACAGCGCACGUCUUUAAUGCAAAAUAUGUUCUAACCAUGGAACAGUUUGUAUCCUAUGAAAACAAGCAAUGUAAUCUGCGGAAGGGGGGGAGCUUGCUUUGA